AUGCCCAGAUUGGGUCUGUUCCUGCCUGCUUUCCUUUCUCUCUCCCUCCACCCACCAAGAGCUGCCACCCACUGUCAACAGUUCCCGAAGUCCACUUGCGAGCAGCACACUGCCUUUGUGCCUGGACAUAACUUGGCUGGAGAAGGGAUCGAUAUAACUACACUGGAAAGAAAGGGGGCCUAUUUAGUGGACACCAGCCAAUGGCUGGACCCAAAUGGGACCUGUGUUCUGUGCCAGAACCCCCUGAUGGAUGGGCAGCUGCAGCGCCUUCCUCUGGCUGGUGUGGACUGGCGGGUACACGUCUCAUGUCACCGACAAGUGAGCAGUUCCGUGGAGCACUCCGAUGUGGACGUGGCAAAAGCAUUGGCCGGGGAGGUGAAGAACAACUGGAAAAUAGAGCUGAAUUUGCCCAAGGAGAUGGAGUCUGUUGCCACGGGCCAAGUGGUAUUAGUUGGAUCUCGUUCUCAGAUGGUCAUUUAUGCGCACGAGAAAGCCCAGCGGGACAGGUAUAGCUUUGUGAGGCAUGAGAUCUCCUGUGAGCAUUACCGGCUAAGACUUCUCCCAAGACGGACACUGCUGUCCCACCACUUCUCCCAUGCUGUUGGGAAUCUGCCAAGCAAAUAUGACCCUGAGGAGUACCAGCAUUUCAUCGACACCUAUGGCACACACUACAUCAGCCAAGCACAGCUUGGAGGGAGAGUACGCAACCUGCUGGCUGUGCGGACUUGUGGAGCAACCUUGGCUGGAUUCACAGCAUCUGAUAUCAAGGACUGCCUGACCUUGGAAGCUUCUUUAGGCCCUGACUGGAUGGCCCAUUCACUGAGCCUCAAAUGCCAUGAGCUUCGGAGGAAGCAAGCCAAAGGGAUGUUCUGGGAGGCCUACGGCCAGCGGCGCACGGAGGUGGUGGGAGGGGAUAGUCAAGUGGAGCUGCUGUUUGCAGAACCCGGGGAAGUGCCGCUGAUCUCAGAAUGGAUGGAGAAUCUCAAAACAAGUCCUGGUAUAAUUUCAUAUUCCCUCCUACCCAUCCAUACUUUGAUGGAUCGUGGAGACCCCAGGAGAGAAAUGCUGAAAGAAACCGUGAGGGACUACAUAGCCCAGAGGGCCCUCUGGAGGAACUGCACACAACAGUGCCCCAACCAGAGUUACCCUAAUGCAAAAAACCCUUGCAUAUGCAUAUGCCACCCGGAUGCCAUCACCGAUGCCAUGUGCUGUGCCCGGGAGCGGGGUCUUGCCCACCUCCAAGUCCAUAUCCAGAAUGGGUCUGGCCUGUGGGCCGACCACUUCUCUGCCACCGAUGCUUAUGUCAAAGUCUUCUUCCAGGGACGUGAAAUGCGGACGAGCUUCAUCAAGAACAACAACCACCCCUGGUGGUCAGAAACUUUGGACUUCGGGCCCAUCAAACUGACAGGCCUCAACUACAUUGAAGUACAGAUCUGGGACAAGGACACCUGGCAUGAUGACCUCUUGGCAACCUGUUACGAAGGUUUGGUGACAGGGGGUAAAGUCUGGAAAAAAUGUUACCCAACUCAUGGACGUGUAGAGUAUUAUUAUGUGUUGGAGUGCGGUCCCACCCUGGGGGGCACCAGCUGCCACGACUACAUUCCCCAGAAACAACAUUAA